UUUUCUCCAACAUUGUCUAGCUUAUUUUUUUUUUUUUUUUUUAUGUCGAGACCGCCGACGUCCUGGCGACGCGACUCGCAACAGACGCGAAAAUAGAGGAUUCCCUUGUAAAAUUUUCUGAUCAAUCAUUUUCUGUCAUUAUCUUUUUUCCCUUCGGUACGAAAUCAACACUGGAGCUCUACCAUUCAAUCUUGGAAUCAACCGUCGAUUUCGCCCAUCGAUAACACUUUAGCUCCGCCGACCGGGUCUCUCGAUUGGCGCCAACGAACCGGACGGAAGGGCGUGGCGCUCCCACGGACGGAGAGAGGACGGAUUAGAGGGCAAUCCGGACUGAUAGGAUUACUGGUGUCGAUUGCGGCAUCGGUAACGCCAGGGAGGGAGGGAAAAGGGCAGUCGAUAUUUUUUUCACGGAGAAGGAUCAGCACAGCAAGCUUCAAAGAUGGCGCGCCCACGUAUACCGUCACGGUUCGCCAUUGCGUUACUAGCCGUCCGGGGCGUGGCAUCGAUCCUCACAACAUUAACCAUCAUAUUCCUGUUGUACAUGACGAUCAUGCUCGACAAGACUUUUACAUGGUCAUACACUGCAGCCAUAUUUGCCCUCAUCCUCGACACAGCAGAGGCAGCUACAAUCGCCGACCGCCAACGCACCGUACCCCGGAUGCACUGGGGCGCCGUCGCCAUCCUCGAGGUCCUCGUCCUCGGCCUCUGCAUAGGCGGCUGCCUGACCCUCGCGCUGGCCGACCUGGCCGACGGCCUACAGGAGGACGGAACGUACUAUGCCGACCCGUACCGCAUGUACGCGCUGGCGUGCCAGGCCGCCGUCGCCGGGCUACACUUUUGCCUGAGCGUCAUGGGCUGCGUCGAGCGGGAGGAGCCGGAGCGGAUCCGCGCCCAGGCGCAGCGCAGGAUCGAAGAGAUGGAACGAGAGAUGCUCGACCUGGCGGCCGAGCUGGACACCGCCAAGAAGAAUCUGAGUGCGACACUCGCAUGCGCUGAGGUGAUCAAAAUAGAACACCCGGUUCGCGGAGAUGAUACCCGGGCCUGGGGCCCUCCAUAUGCCGCCUACAAGCCAGACUCCCCUCUUGCCGGGACAUCCCCCGGCGAGUCGGCCUAUUACCUGACGGUGAACCGGAACAAAAAGUCCAUAGGGCUGAGCUUCCAGGACCCAGCUGGAGUGGAGAUCCUGCACAAGCUCAUGGCAAAGUGCGACAUCCUGGUCGAGAACUACCUCCCUGGUGCGCUGAAAAAGUACAACCUGGACUACGCCACGGCUGCCAAGAUCAACCCUUCCCUCAUCUACGCCAGCAUCACGGGGUACGGACAAACGGGGCCAUACGCCGACAGGGCCGGCUAUGACGUUAUGGUCGAGGCUGAGUUCGGUCUGAUGCACAUCACGGGCACGAGGGAUGGGCCGCCCGUUAAGGUUGGUGUCGCCGUCACGGAUCUUACGACGGGCCUUUACACCAGCAACAGCAUCAUGGCUGCGCUGCUCGCCAGGCAAAAGUCAGGCAGGGGCCAGCACCUCGACGUCGCGUUGAGCGACUGCCAGACCGCCACGCUCGCAAAUAUUGCGAGCAGCUGUUUGAUAAGCGGGGAGAAGGACACGGGCCGGUGGGGGACGGCGCAUCCCUCCAUCGUCCCAUACCGAGCCUUCCAGACCCGCGACAGCGCCGUCCUCCUCGGCGGCGGCAACGACCGUCUGUUCGCGAUCCUGUGCGACCGCAUCGGCCGGCCGGACCUCAAGACCAACGAGCGCUACACGACCAACGCGCUGCGCGUGAAGCACCGCGCCGAGCUCGAGGAGCAGAUCGAGGCCGUGACGCGCUCCCGCACCACGCAGGAGUGGCUUGAUGUCCUGGCCGGCUGCGGCAUGCCCUACGCGGCCGUCAACGAUGUGCAAGGGGCUCUCAACCACGAACACACCAUCGCCAGGGAUAUGGUGGUCGAGGUCGAGCACCCGAGCUGCGGCACGGUCAAGAUGGUCAACACGCCCGUCAAGUAUAGCGAGAGCACGCCGGGGAUCAGGACUGCGCCGCCGACUUUGGGCCAGCAUACGGAUGAGGUUUUGGGAGAGAUGUUGGGGAUGGGCGGGGAGGAGAUCGAGGGGUUGAGGGAGAGGGGCGUGGUGAGGUAGGUUGGGUCAGAUUUUAGUAGUAAGAUAUGUAGGCAUUGGAUACUUGAUGUUAGUUCUUUAUAACGGAACUGACCUCAUAUCAGUCAGGCAGGUUCAUUGAAGUGGCAGUUAGCACUGCAUUGUUCCCA